AGCAACCAUGGCCAUACGCAAAUCUCUCCCCUUUGCUUUUCUACUCAUUUUGUUAGCCUUUCUUUCUUUCCAAGCAAUAUCAUUUGCAAUAGCAGCACCAUCAUCCACACUCUCAGAAGUAGAGGCUCUCAUGAAAUGGAAAGCCAGCCUCUCAGCAUCACAAGCUCUCCAUUCAUGGUCUCUUCCUUCUGCUAAUUCUACCAACAACAUAAUCUCUCCAUGCAACUGGACUGGGAUCUCAUGCAACAUCCUUGGAAGUGUAACAAGGAUAAGCCUACCCAGUGUAGGUUUGCAAGGUAAGCUCGAUAACUUGAGUUUUCCGUCAUUUCCAAACCUCCUUCAUCUUGAUCUCAGCGACAACACACUCAUCGGAACCAUUCCAGCCCAUCUUGACACUCUUUACAAACUCACCUCCCUGAAUCUGUCUGCAAAUGAAAUAAUUGGAUCAAUACCUCUACAAAUAGGGAAUGUUGUGAAUUUGAAUGAGCUUGACUUGUCCAUUAACCAUCUAGAUGGUUCCAUCCCCUCCACUGUAGGAAAUCUGACAAAGCUUUCCAUCUUGUACCUGGACCAAAAUCGAAUAUCUGGCUCCAUUCCUUCACAAAUCGGGAAUCUACAAGCUCUGGUUGAGUUGACAUUGUUCCAAAACAAUCUAACUGGUCAGAUCCCUCCUGCUUUAGGAAACUUGUCCAUGCUCACUCUUCUUCAUCUGUUUGAAAAUCAAUUCUCUGGUUUUAUUCCUCUAGAACUUGGGAAUUUAAAGAGUCUCAAUGAGUUAUCAUUACGCAGCAACAAUCUGACUGGUCCCAUCCCUCCUGCUUUAGGUAAUUUGAGCAACCUUACAAUUUUGUAUCUCUACGACAACCAAAUUUCUGGCUCAAUUCCACCUGAAGUGGGGAAUCUGGUUAAUCUUAAAGAUCUUGAUAUGUCCGCUAACCUUCUAACGGGUUCUAUCCCUUCCACUUUAGGAAAAUUGUCCAUGCUCACUGUUCUUCAUCUGUUAGAAAAUCAAUUAUCUGGUUUAAUUCCUACAGAAUUAGGGAAUCUAAAGAAUCUGGCUGAGCUUGAACUAUACAGUAACAAUCUGACUGGUCCCAUGCCUCCUGCUUUAGGUAAUUUGAGCAACCUUAGAAUUUUGUAUCUCUACAAAACCGAAGUUUCUGGUUCAAUUCCACGAGAAAUAGGGAAUCUGGUUAAUCUCAAGGAGCUUGACUUGUCCGCUAACCUUCUAACAGGUUCUAUCCCUUCCACUUUAGGAAACUUGACAAAGUUAACUGUCCUCCAGCUCUUUGAGAAUCAAGUUUCUGGUUCAAUUCCACCAGAAAUAGGGAAUCUAGUUAAUCUCAAGGAUAUUGACAUGUCCAUUAACCCUCUAACAGGUUCUAUCUCUCCUACUUUUGGAAAGUUGACCAAGCUUACUUUGUUGUCCCUUGUUGACUGUCAAUUAUCUGGUUCGUUACCUCAAGAAAUGAGGAACAUGACAAAUCUUUCUCAACUCUACUUGGAUGGCAACAACUUCUCUGGCUAUCUACCUCAGUUAUGCCACGGUGGAUCUCUUGAAGCCUUCACUGCUUUCAACAACCAUUUCACCGGUGAGAUCCCAACAACCUUCAGAAAUUGCACUAGCUUAACGAGAGUGCGACUCAGUGGAAACCGACUUGCUGCAAAUGUAUCGGAAGCCUUUGGUGUAUACCCUCACCUCAUAUUCAUGGAUGUCAGUGACAACAUGUUGUUUGGUGAACUCUCACCACAUUGGGGAGAAUGCCAAAACUUAACAAAGCUACAACUCUCCGGGAACAAUAUCACUGGUAGAAUUCCUCCUGAGAUUGGGCGGUUGGGGCAGCUAAGAGUGCUUGAUCUUUCUUCAAACAAUUUAGUAGGAGAGAUUCCAAAGGAAUUUGGGAGGUUGACUUUUUUGUUCAACUUGACUUUAAAUGAUAACCAGCUUUCUGGUCAGUUACCACAAGAGAUUGGAAACCUAUCCAAUUUGGAGAUUCUGGAUCUGUCAAUGAAUCACCUAAGAGGUCCAAUACCACCUCAAUUAGGGGAUUGCUCCAAACUCCAUUUUCUGAAAUUGAGUGAAAAUGUUUUGAAUGGAAGCAUUCCUUUUCAGAUUGGUAACCUAGUAUACCUGCAAGACUUACUAGAUCUAAGUCAUAACUCCCUCAAUGGAAAGACACCUCCACAACUCGCGAAAUUGGUUAGUCUGGAAAAUUUAAACCUCUCUCACAACAUGUUGUCAGAUUCCAUCCCGCCUUCUUUUGAUGGGAUGGUCAGCUUACAAUCCAUUGAUUUUUCAUACAAUUUUUUAGAAGGUCCUCUUCCUAGUAGCAAAGCCUUUCAGAAGGCUCCGGCAGAUGCAUUCAUAAAAAACAAAGGCUUAUGUGGUGAAGUGCAAGGUUUGCAACCUUGCAACGCCUCUUCAAUAAGUCAUGGUGAUGCAAGAAAAGGCCACAAAGUUGUGAUCCUCAUUAUUCUUCUGCUCUUAGCAUUGUUUCUUUUAUUUGUAAUCAUCGGCAUUUCUUCCAUUUAUUACCAAAGAAGAAGAAGAAGAAUAGAGAAAGGGGUUCUUGAAACGAGCAGAGGAAAUACAUUUUCAACAUGGAAUUAUGAUGGGAUUGCCACGUUUGAAGACAUUGUGGAGGCAACAGAGGAUUUUGAUGACAAAUACUGCAUUGGAACUGGAGGCUACGGUAAAGUUUACCAAGCAAAUCUACCAGUAGGCCAGGUAGUAGCUGUGAAGAAACUUUACCCACUCGAAGGUGGGAAUCAAUCUAAUCAAAGAAGUUUUAGGAAUGAGAUAAAAGCAUUAACGGAAAUCCGCCAUCGCAACAUUGUGAAACUUUAUGGCUUCUGUUCCCAUGCUCGAUUCUCAUUUCUAGUCUACGAGUACAUGAAAAGGGGAAGCUUGGCAAGCAUCCUAAGCAACGAUGAAGGAGCUGCACAGUUGGUCUGGACUCUGAGGGUGAAGGUUAUCAAAGGUGCGGCCCAUGCUUUAUCUUACAUGCACCAUGAUUGUACCCUGCCGAUUGUCCAUCGAGACCUAUCAAGCAACAAUGUUCUGUUGAAUUCAGAACUUGAGGCUAGUGUCUCUGACUUUGGAACUGCACGAUUGCUGAUACCAGAUUCCUCAAAUUGGACUACACUCGCAGGCACUUGCAGAUACAUCGCUCCAGAGCUUGCAUAUACAAUGAGGGUGACUGAAAAAUGCGAUGUAUAUAGCUUUGGUGUUGUGGCACUUGAAGUGAUGAUGGGAAGUCAUCCUGGGGAGCUCAUCUCCUCUUUGUCAUCAUCAAGUGGACAAGAUACACUCCUAAAAGAUAUGUUGGACCAACGUCUCUCAGAUCCGAUGGCUGAUGUUGCACAGGAAGUCCUAUUUGUGGUAUCCAUGGCUCUUGCAUGCAUUCAACCAGAUCCAGACUCUCGGCCAACCAUGCGACAUGUGUCUCAAGAGCUAUCUAUUGGAGGAACUUCUUUCUCUCUGCAGCCAUUCCAUGCGUCUCAAGAGCUAUCUAUUGGAGGAACUUCUUUCUCUCUGCAGCCAUUCCAUGCACUCACAUUACGUCAACUGAUGGAUCUUAAGGUAUAG